AGCUGACAGGUCAUUCGACAGAGUUGUUCUAUUAAUUUGGAGGUUAGAAUAAUAUUUAUUUUAUUCAUGUUUUAAUAAUUAGACAUUGUGUGUAAGAUUUUUUGAAUAUUCUUCUACGAUAUAAAACAGUGUUUUAUUCAACAAUUAAAUAGUGAUAUCGUUUGUAGUGGUAUUUGGUUUUGCUAGUGCAACAUUGUAUUUUUAGACGAACUGUGAGAUCAUCAGUGACAACUCAAAAUCUAAACUAGUUUAUAAAAAUCAUGGAUGUGGAACAACUAGAAAAUGAAGCUCGGGCUACUGCUGUUAAACAUGUGGAAAACUUUUUUCGAAGACCUCAGCAAUUGGAAAAACUUGAACAGUACAAGAGACGAGUGGGUAGAAAGAAAGUUUCUGUUGAAGCAAUGCUCAAGUCGGCCAUGCAGAGUCAAUUAGAUGGUGUAUGUUUGGGAUUAAACCAGCUUCAAACUGCUCUACAGGACAUCAAAGAAAUAAAACAGAACUUGAAUGAAAUUCAAGACUCAUUCUCAACAUUGACUGACCUAGGAGUGAAACUAAAUGAAGUACGCAGUAAAAAUAUGAAUCAUUCUCAAUACGUUACAGCUAUGGAGAAUUUGAAACAUCUAUUCACUGUUCCUGAGAGUGUGGAGAAAACUAAGCAAUGGAUUAAUGAAGGUAAACUACUGCAUGCACAUCAAAGCUUGAUGGAUUUGGAAACUUCUCGUGAUGAACUGCUUUACGAACUUCACAAGUUACCAAAUCAACAGCAAGCUGAUAAAAUAUUGCUGAAAGCUUACUUUGAAGAUGUAGAGAACAUUUCGCAGCUCAUGGAAAAACAACUGCGUCUAGUUCUUAGUCGAACUUUGAAUACUGUCAGGAAAGAGCCAACAGUGAUUGUAACUGCUUUGAGAAUAAUUGAGAGAGAGGAAAAGGCUGAUGCCUCUUUUUUACAACUACAGAAACAGAGUGGUUUCCUCCCUCCUGGCCGACCCAAGGAAUGGCGCGCAAAGGCUAUGGAAGUAUUGAGAGCGUCAGUAUCUCAGAGGAUUGAAGGGACCCAGGUUGAUGAACGAGAAAACAACAAGAUGUGGUUGGUAACAUACCUUGAAUUGACACGUCAGCUUAUUUUAGAGGACCUGCGAGUUGUCAAGACAUUAUGUGGUCCUUGUUUUCCUCCACGUUACAACAUUGUAAAUGAGUAUGUCAAGAUGUACCAUCUGUGUCUAUCACAACACCUUGAAGAAAUCAUCAGCAACGGACUGCAUGGAAAUGAAUAUGUGUCAAUGCUGUCGUGGAUUGUGAACACUUACUCAGGACCGGAAUUGAUGCAACAUCCAGAUUUGAAUAUAGAGACGACCAGUGUGGGUCCUUUGUUGAAGGUAAACGUGAUAACGGACCUCCAAUUCAAGUAUUUGUCCAACAUGAAGGACAACUACAUAGAAUGGAUGCAGAAGACUUUGGAACAGGAGAAAAUGGAUUGGAAUGCUCAGACACCUCCCGAGGCAGAUCAAGACAGCUACUUCCACACCGCAGCGCCGGUCAUCAUUUUCCAAAUGAUCGAUCAGAAUCUCCAGGUGACAAAAACUAUAAGCCAGGCAUUGACCCAUAAGGCGUUACUUCUCAGCAUGGAGCAAGUUGAACAGUAUGGGAAAUUAUACAGGGAUGCAAUUAUCGAAUUCAAGAGUAAGCACUUCGAGGAUCGAAGUCAAAAUCAUUUCUUCACACAGUACAUGAUAACUAUAGUGAAUAAUUGUAUACAUUUUGUGGAGCUGGCCCAGCAGAUGAAACAACAUUACUGGAGAGCAGAUUUUCAUAACGCUGAGUCAGGAUCCAAAUUCGGGAAUCUCCUCAAAGCUUUCCAAGACCUCAGAAACGAAGCAGCGAGAUUCCUCCUGGAAGAGGCCUUCCUAGACCUGGACGUACACUUCCAAGACCUGAUCACAACAAAAUGGGUCACAAGUUCCAUUCCAAUUGACACCAUUUGCGUCACACUGGAGGACUACUUCCAAGACUACAAACAUCUUCGAGUGAGCAACUUCGAACAUGUGAUUCAGGAGGCGGAGAAUAUGGUUGUGCAGAAAUACAUCACUGCCAUGCUGCAGAAGAAAAUCUCGUUCAAGACAUACGAGGAACGACGGAACGCUGGUACCAAAGUCACCAAAGAGGUCCAGCAGCUGAAGGACAUGUUUAAGAAGAUCGCUCCCAAGAUGGCCAACCGCGUUGGAUCUCCACUGGAGGCCAUACCCUGUCUUGCCGAAGUUCUGAAGAGUGAGGAUCUCGAAAUAUUGUCACUAGAUCUACACAACCUUGUCGACAAGUAUCCUGACAUAUCUGAAGACCAUCUAGCAAGAUUAUUAGCAUUGAGAGGAGACAUUUCAAGAUCGGAAAUCAGAGAAAAGAGUUCAUACAUUCUCAGAACUAAUAAAUCUAGACAACGAGCCUCAUUCACAAUCAGUAUUUUCCGACAAAUUCCCUAAAAUUAGUUAUCUGUUUUAAAACUUACACCUCAAUUUGAAGAGUCCUACUUUAAUCAAUACAGUUCUAUUAUAAUCCUACUGUAAUCAAUUCAAUCCCACCAAAACUAUACUAAUAAACCCAAAGUUUAUAAUAAACUCAAAGUUUUGAGUAAACUCAAU